GUCACUAGAUGGCAUUAGUGUCGUUAUAGCGGUAACCGAAAGUAGGCCCUCCCGAAACAAAAACAGUGUCAUGUGACAGCUUGCGCUAGGUGGACGUGUCGUCUAACAAUUUUUAAAGUGUUGCUUGUCGAGUUGUGACUAUUACUGUGAAUGAGGUGGAGCUAAUAGCUAAAUUACCUAAAAUGUUUAGAGCAAGAAAAAUAUUGGAUAUGUGUUUGGAGACGAAUCUAGAAGUUAAUCUUGAAGCACAGGGUUCCAAUUCAAUGUCAACGAGUACUCAACAAAUAGGUAUAUCGACACCAUCUGACGACACCAAUAAAGAGAAUGUUUCUUUGCUUGCAACUUCUACAAAUAUGUCAAAUUCGGUCACAAAAUCUAAUAGCGACAAGGACGAAAUUUCUGCUGAGGAAUGCUUAAGUGCGUUUGAGGAUUCAGAUGAUUCUGGUAAAGAUCCAAAUUAUGACAGACCUAGUAAAAAGCGUAAGACAAUUCCAGUGGUUCCUUGUCGGCGGUCGUCGUCGUCAUCGAGUUCUUCGAGUUCGUCGUCGUCCUUAACCUCAGCUUCAUCUAGCUCAUCGUCUGCAUCACAGGUCUCAGAGAGUCCCGCUAGUGCAUCGAUUCUACAGGAGGAACCCAAUUUAAAUAUCGAUGAGCAGCAAAAACAAGUCGUGAUCACAGAAGAAAUUAAAACUACUCGUAAAAGACAACGUGUAGAAGGUCAGUGGAAACAAAAUCUUUCAAAGACUCUUCGAAACUCAGGAUUAUCUUAUCAAACGAAAUCUGGACGUACUGUUCCAAAAAAAGGUAUGAAGGUGGCUUGUGGGGAACGUUGUCGGCUCAAAUGCAGUUCUUUUCUCACUGAUGAAAUGAGGCGGGUAUUAUUUGAUUCUUACUGGGCUUUAAAUAAUUUGGAGAAACAGAGACAGUUUGUGCACAAACAUAUAAGACCCAUAGAUGUCAAGUACCGUUACGUCAAGGCGCAAAAACCACGAAAAACCAAUUAUGCUUUCUACUUUGAAGUUGGAGGUUUAUUAAAAAGAGUCUGCAAAAUUAUGUUCAAAAAUACACUGGACAUUAAUGAUAGAACUAUCAGGACUGUAACAGACAAAUCAGCUGGAGGUUUUUUGGAAGAGGAUCGCAGAGGGAAACAUAAUAAACAUUAUACUGUCGGCGAAACUAUGAAAAAUGAUAUCAGGAAUCAUAUAAAAUCUAUACCAAGGAUUGAAAGUCAUUACUUAAGAGCACAAACUACACGGGAAUACAUCGAUGGAGGGAAAACUAUCUCGGACUUACAUAGGGAUUACGUGGCGCAGUGCAAAGAGGACGGACGUGAAUAUGCAAAUUACGUUAUGUAUUCUCGCAUCUUUAAUCACGAAUUUAACAUCGGUUUCUUUGUUCCAAAAAAAGACAGAUGUGAACUAUGUGUUGCCUACGAAAAUUCUGAUUUGGAAAAUAAAGAAAAGCUCCAGCAGAAAUAUGAUGAGCACUAUAUAGAGAAAAAAUUGUCAAGACAAGAGAAAAAUAAAGACAAGAAGGCUCUGAAUACUAAUGAAAAUCUAAUAGUGGCUGUGUAUGACCUACAGGCUGUUUUACAGGUACCUCGUGGCGAUGUUUCUGUAUUUUAUUAUAAAAGUAAACUGAAUAAUAUGAAUUUUACUGUAAGUAAAUUAAAACCGGAAAAACAAAAAGGAACCAAAGGGGGAAAUACUAAAAGAAGAAUAAAAAAUAAAUCUUUGAGUGACGAUGAGGAUAGCGAACCAACUGUAACCCAAAGUAUAACUGAAUGCUAUUUUUGGCACGAAGGUGAAGGAAAUCGAGGUGCAGACGAAAUCGGUAGUUGUUUGCUUAAAUUUAUCGAAAAAGAGCUGAACAGUCAUGCAGAAAAAGAAUCGAUUGAUAUAGUUUUCUACUCGGAUAACUGUUGCGGCCAAAACAAAAACAAGUACAUUAUCGCAAUGUACAUGUAUGCGGUAAUGAAAUACCCUCAAUUAAGUUCUAUUACUCACAAAUAUUUAAUAACUGGACACACUCAAAAUGAAGGUGACUCGGUUCAUUCAGUCAUAGAAAAACAGAUCAAACGCUCUUUAAAAUCGGGACCAAUUUAUGUUCCUAGUCAGUAUAUUCAGAUAAUUAAAGAAGCAAAAAAAACCGGAGAACCACUUAGGGUCAAUGAGCUUUCACACAGAGAUUUCAUUUCAUUGAAAAAUUUAAGUUCUGAUAUGGGUAUAGCUACUGUUAGUAAGAUUAAGAUAUCGGAUGUAAAAAUUAUGAGUAUUUCCAAAGAUAGACCAAAUAUUCUAAAGUAUAAAACCUCUUACAAAGAUACUGAGUGGUCGGAAGCUAAUUUGCUAUCCAGAAAUAAAAAAAUGACAAUUCCUGAAACAAAGCCAGCUUAUAGUUUUAAGUUAAAAAUUAAAGAAAACAAAAAGACUGAUUUAUUGAAUUUGUUACUCCACAAUCAUAUCCCAGGGUUCUACUCGGAUUUUUUUAAUAAUUUGUAGACUUUUUAAACUUUUUAUAAUAUUAUUUUGGAAAAAUUUACUUUGGUAUAAAGCAUUUUCAAAUUAUUAUUGAUUAACAAAAUAAAGAAAAGAGGGAAAGAGAUUUUAAAACUUUUUUUUGAGUAUUAUUACUUUUAUAAGAAUUAAUAGCUAAGUUUGUGAUAUUAUUAAAAGACUUAAUAAGUAAUUAUGAUAACUAAUUAAUUUUAUUUUGUUCAGAAAGUUCAUUUAUUUUGUUUUUGAUGAUUAUUAGUUUAAGAAUACUAUCUUUUAAGAUUUUUUGUGCCAUUCGUCUAUGUUCCUAUUACGUUUAUAAUAAAAAAUAUUGUUUUUUAACAAUUCAAGUGAGUUGAAAUAAACGACAUUUCGUGAAUAUUGUUGUUUUAUUUUAUCAAUAUAGUGUCACAACUCGAAAUUUCAGGAUUUUUUUUUCAUGAAUUUAAAUUAUUUUAUAUAGCAUUUUGUAGAGCUCCACAAACCUAAACAACUUACCAAAGAACAUGUUAAGCUAUUAUUAUUAGUUUUUGAAUUAUUACUGGAAAAGUGAUAAAAACAGAUGAUAUAAAUUUCAAAUGCGAAUUUCUCAAUAAUUUGCUUUUUUGAGUUAUGACACUAUUUGAACGGAGGUGCGA